AUGUCUGCUCCAGAGGCCGUCGGAGACUUCGGUCUCAUCGGUCUGGCCGUCAUGGGCCAGAACCUGAUCCUCAACGCCGCCGACCACGGCUUCACCGUCGUCGCCUACAACCGCACCGUCGCCAAGGUUGACCGCUUUUUGGACAACGAGGCCAAGGGCAAGAGCAUUGUUGGAGCCCACAGCAUUCGCGAGUUCGUCCAGAAGCUCAAGAAGCCACGUCGCAUGAUGCUGCUCGUCAUGGCCGGCAAGCCAGUCGACGACUUCAUCGAGACCCUCCUCACCGAGGGCGGUGUGGAAGCUGGCGACAUCAUCAUCGAUGGUGGUAACUCCCACUUCCCAGACACCAACCGCCGCACCAAGUACCUUGCCGGAAAGGGCAUUCGCUUCGUUGGCUCCGGUGUCUCGGGUGGUGAGGAGGGCGCUCGCUACGGCCCUUCCAUCAUGCCCGGUGGUAACGAGGAGGCCUGGCCAUACAUCAAGGACGUCCUGCAGAGCAUCUCCGCCAAGUCUGACGGCGAGCCAUGCUGCCAGUGGGUCGGUGAUGAGGGUGCUGGUCACUACGUCAAGAUGGUGCACAACGGUAUCGAGUACGGUGACAUGCAGCUGAUUACUGAGGCCUACGACAUCAUGAAGCGUGGUCUCGGCCUGAGCGGCAAGGAGAUGGGAGAUGUCUUCGCUGAGUGGAACAAGGGCGUCCUCGACUCCUUCCUCAUCGAGAUCACCCGCGACAUUCUCUACUUCAACGACGAGGACGGCAAGCCUCUCGUCGAGAAGAUCCUCGACUCGGCCGGCCAGAAGGGUACUGGCAAGUGGACCGCCAUCAACGCUCUCGACAUGGGCCAGCCCGUGACUCUCAUCGGCGAGGCCGUCUUCGCUCGUUGCUUGUCUUCCCUCAAGGGCGAGCGUACCCGCGCCAGCCAGAAGCUUGAGGGCCCAACCCCCAAGUUCGACGGCGACAAGAAGCAGUUCUUGGCCGACCUCGAGCAGGCCCUCUACGCCUCCAAGAUCAUCUCGUACGCUCAGGGUUUCAUGCUCAUGCAGAGUGCCGCCAAGGAGUACAACUGGACCCUCCACAAGCCAGAGAUCGCCCUCAUGUGGCGUGGUGGCUGCAUCAUCCGCUCCGUCUUCCUCAAGGACAUCACCAAGGCCUACCGCGCCAACCCCGACCUCGAGAACUUGUUGUUCGACGACUUCUUCAACAAGGCUAUUCACAAGGCCCAGGACGGCUGGCGUAACGUCGUCUCCAAGGGUGCCCUCUGGGGUAUCCCAACUCCUGCCUUCUCGACUGCGCUCUCUUUCUACGACGGCUUCCGCACCAAGGACCUCCCCGCCAACCUUCUCCAGGCCCAGCGUGACUACUUCGGUGCCCACACCUUCCGUGUCAAGCCCGAGUACGCCACCGAGAAGUACCCCGAGGGCAAGGACAUCCACGUCAACUGGACCGGCCGUGGUGGCAACGUCUCCGCUUCUACGUACACUGCUUAA